AUGUCUGAAGUAUAUCGGUCUAAGCAACGAAUCAUCAUUCCCACGGACCUGUCUGUGACAGAGGCCACGCUUCUCAAUGACCCCGAACCUAUUCCAGACGACAAGGUCCUCUUUGAGGAAGCCUUCACCGGCCACACUGCCACGUAUCUGGGCUUCAAGCGCCAAGUAAAGGAGGUAGCAGCCUGGAUUAAGCAGCACCUAAGUCUCGAGGCUGGAGAUAUCGUUACCAUCAUCUCUCCUAGCUCGAUUGACUAUGUUGUCGCCGCGCACGCCGUGUGGUGGCUCGGUGGUGUUGUCUCCAUGAUCAACGAUGGGCAAUCGCCCAAGGAUCUUGCGCACGGAUUGGAGGUGGUCCAGCCGAAAUUCCUCAUCGUGGACAGAACAGUCAUCGACAAAAUUAAUCGAAGUCUACGUACUGCUUCCCACGUUGUCUCCGAUAACCACAUCGUCAUCUUCGGCCAGACUGUAUCGUACCCGUGCUGGUCUGAUACCAUGCGGAGACGACCAGACGUGAAUCCGCCCCCGACUCACAACGACGAGAACAACAGUGGAUGCGCCCUGCCAUCACUCCUGCAACUAGAACCCUACUCGCUCCACAAUGGUGACAAUCGACAGGUCCUUGCGGCGAUUGUGCUCUCGAGCGGAACAACCGGCCGCCCCAAGGCCGUGAUGAUGUCGCACCACAAUCUCAUCGCCGCAAACUACCAGCUUCGCGCUGACAAUCCGCAGAACUGGCGAAGCGACAUGCGCGAGAUCUUCUUCCCCCCUCUGUCCCACGUCUAUGCAACAUACGUUGUCAUGACAGGGGCUGCGUGGCUGGGAUACUACGUGUGUUUAAUGCCACGGUUCGACCUGGAGACCUUUUGCCGCUUGAUGUCGAAGCGAAAGGCGACAGUAGCGCGGCUUGUGCCCCCGGUCGCCAAGAUGCUCGCAGAGAGUCCCAUUACAAAGAGGUUCACGUACCCUUCGCUUGAAUACUUUACUUGUUCGGCCGCCCCUUUGAGUGAAACCACGGCCGCCCAUUUAAGGAAGGUAUUCCCUCACGUUGUACUCUGCCAGACGUACGGUUGCACCGAGGCCGCCGGAGCAUGCGUGCAAAGCGGCGUUCGGGAUCGGGAUAUGGCCAGGAAUGCAACGGGGAAAGUUAUCGCUAAUCUUGAGAUGCGCUUCCUGAAUUCCAAAGGCGAGGAUGUUGGCUCAAAGGGGCCUGGCGAAAUUGCAAUACGAGGACCGAAUAUCAUGAUGGGCUAUCUUCGGGACCCUCGAGCAACUGAAAGCGCCAUGCUUGACGGCGGAUGGUACAAGACAGGCGAUCUUGGAUACCUCGACUCUCGGGAUUAUCUCGUGGUGAACGGUCGGUCGAAAGAUACGAUCAAGUACAACGGAUUCCAAGUGUCCCCGGUGGAGCUCGAGGAAAUUCUCCUUCGCCAUCCCGCAGUGGACGAAGUGGCCGUGUGCGGGGUCUGGAGUGACGAGGCAGAGACAGAGCUGGUGAGGGCAUACAUAGCACUCAAGGCGGGGAUAGAGAGAACUGCAGAGACCGCUUCGUCGAUUUCGAGGUUCCUAGCCGGUCAAGUAUCCGGUUACAAACAGCUUCGGGGAGGCGUGGUGUUCCUGGAUGGGUUGCCUAAGAGUCCGACCGGCAAGAUUCUUAGGAGACUUCUCAAGGACGUGCCACAAGGGACUAGGAGCACCAAUCCCGUCGCUAAAUUAUAA